UAAAGGCCAAGUUGAAAAAUAAAUUUUGAGACGGGUGGAAUAAACGCCAAUAUUGCUGUAUUUUCAGAGGGAGAAGUAAAUGUGAGACGAGUGGAAUAAACGCCAAUAUUGCUAUAUUUUCAGAGGAAGAAGUAAAAGUGAGACGGGUGGAAUAAACGCCACACUGAGGAAUUAAACUUGUCAAAAAUGGAAAAAGAUAGAAAAGUAUUUAACGAUCCUAUCCAUGGAAAUAUAGAGUUACAUCCCCUUUGUGUGAGGAUCGUCGACACGCCGCAGUUCCAACGUCUGAGAUUCAUAAAGCAGCUGGGCGGCGCCUAUUUCGUCUAUCCUGGAGCCGCACACAACAGAUUCGAACAUUCAAUCGGGGUUUGUCACUUGGCUGGACGGCUGGUACGAGCUCUAAAGGAAAAGGAAUUUGAGGACCUCGAGGAAAAAUUUAAAAUUACUCCGACAGAUAUACUGUGCGUAGAAGUGGCAGGAUUGUGUCAUGAUCUCGGUCAUGGACCAUUUUCACAUCUCUUUGACAAAACGAUAAUUCCUAAAUUACGAAAGGAAAAAUGGGAGCAUGAAAAUGGAUCCGUAGAUAUGUUUCGUUACAUGUUAAAAGUAAACGAUGGCCUUCAGGAGGAAUUUGAAAAACAAGGAAUCACAUCUAAAGACCGAACAUUCAUAGAGGAACUAAUCGUAACAUUAAAACCAGAGGAGCUUCGCAAGGAAUGGAAGUAUAAAGGAAGGCCAAAAGAGAAAGGAUUCUUGUACGAGAUUGUGUCAAACAAACGAAAUGGUAUAGAUGUUGACAAAUGGGACUACUUUGCACGUGACUGUCACAUGCUUGGCAUUGGAAACAACUUCAAUCACAAUCGAUGUAUAGCUUUCGCAAGGGUGAUUGAUGUCGAUGUCGAUGGAGAAAGAGAAAGACAGAUAUGUUAUAGGAAUAAGGAGGCUGCCAACCUGUACGAUAUGUUUCAUACCCGAUACUUACUCCAUAACAGGGCUUAUCAACACAAGACAAACAAUAUCAUUGAAUAUAUGAUAUCUGAAGCGCUCGUGUCAGCUAAUGACUUCAUUACAUUUCCUGGACAGAACGGGAAACAAUGUAAAAUGUCCGAGGCAAUAGAUGAUAUGGAGGCUUAUAGCCUUCUGAAUGAUGGCGUCAUUUACAGUAUUCUUGGGAGUGGGAGUUCUGAUUCAAAUAUGAUAAAAUCCAAAAACAUCCUUCUGCGUGUUUUAAGAAGGGAUUUGUAUAAACUUGUCGGAGAAAAAAGAUUCGCCCACAACACGUUUAAACCGAGGUAUCUUAGUUAA